AUGGCUACAAAUGACCCAUUGAAGAUAUUGGAGCAGAAAUUUAGGGAGCAAAAUGAAAAUGUUUGGCUUCGACUAGGAAUGUUUGCAGAGCUGAUGGGAGAGCAGGAUAAAGCACUCUUUUCAUAUGAGAACGCACUCAAACAUAAUCCUUUUUCAAUUAAAGCACUCACACAGAUCGCAUCGAUCUUUAGAAUCAAAGAGCAAUUCCACAAGGCAUCCGAAUACUUUCAGAGAAUCGUCAAUAUAGACAACAAGAAUGGCGAGGUUUGGGGUGCAAUGGGACAUUGUUUCUUAAUGAUGGACGAACUGCAAAAGGCUUACAGUGCUUAUCAACACGCUUUAUAUCAUCUUCCAAACCCAAAGGAUCCAAAUUUGUGGUACGGAAUUGGUAUUUUGUAUGAUAGAUAUGGUUCAUAUGAUCAUGCCGAAGAAGCUUUCACUGCAGUACUAAAGAUGGAUAAUAGUGUUUUGUAUAAGCAUCAAGGAAAAUAUGAGCAAAGCUUAGAGUAUUUCAAUAGUUUACUAAAGGCACCACCAAGACCUUUGUCAACUUCAGAUAUUUGGUUCCAGAUUGGACAUGUUUAUGAAUUACAGAAGGAAUAUACAUUGGCAAGAGAUGCAUAUGAAAAGGUAUUGAAAGAGAAUGGAUCUCACGCUAAAGUACUUCAACAAUUAGGUUGGUUAUAUCAUCACAAUCCAACUUUCUCGAACCAAGAUUAUGCUAUUGGUUUCUUGAUGAAAUCUAUCGAUGCUGAUCCCUCUGAUGCCCAGACAUGGUACUUGUUGGGUAGAUGUUACAUGAUCCAACAAAAGUAUAAGAAAGCCUACGAUGCUUACCAACAAGCUGUUUACAGAGAUGGAAGAAAUCCUUCUUUCUGGUGUUCAAUUGGUGUUCUUUAUUAUCAAAUUAAUCAAUAUCGUGAUGCUUUAGAUGCUUACACAAGAGCCAUUAGAAUCAAUCCAUACAUUAGCGAAGUAUGGUAUGAUCUUGGUACCUUAUACGAGAGUUGUAAUCAAUACACAGAUUCAUUGGAUGCCUACCAAAAGGCAUCAGAGUUGGACCCACACAACAAACACAUUCAAUCAAGGCUUGCAACACUUAAAGGCCAGAUUGCAAGAUCAAAGGACAACUACAUUGAUAACAAUGGUGAGAAGGAGCCAAGUGAUUAUGUCAGUGAUAAAUCUACUCCUAUGAUCAUCGAACCAUGUUCGCCAGGACACACAAUGGAUCAACUCAAUAGAAACGGUAGACCAGGCAUUGGUAGCAGUAACAGUAACGGAUCGAACGGACCAGUUCCAAAUCUCCCAGAGUUAUCAGAGAUUGCCAUUUCCGAAGAUAGAAAUAAUAGUUUACCAUCUUCACACGACUUAAAUUCAUCUUUGACCGACAAGAAGACCGAAAAGAACAAAGGUAAAGAGUUAAAUUCAGCAUCCAGCCCAGAGACUAGACACAUGGACGAAAAGGAAGAGUACAUCAAUGGCAACAAUAACAACAACAACAACAACAAUCAUCAUGGCAAGUCAGAACUCAGCAAACUCAGAGAGAUUGUAGAUCUCGAAAGACCAAUGGUUGUUGAGAAGGAAAGAAUGAGCAAAGAGUUUGACGAGCGUCGUGAGCUUCCAUUGCCAAAGGAGUUUAGAGAACCACAUCCACAUCAACAGGAAGACAAAGAGUUGAAGGAGAUCACUGAGCGCGAGCGUGAACGUGAAAGAAUGAGAGAACGUGAAGCCGAAUUUGACAGAGAACGUGAACUUGAAAGAGAAAAAGAACGUUUAAGAGAGCGCGAAGCCGAAAGAGAGAAGGAAAGAGAGCGUGAAAGAGAAAGAGAACGUGAAAGAGAAAAGGAAAGAGAAAGAGAGCGCGAAAGAGAAAGAGAACGUGAGAGAGAAAAGGAAAGAGAAAGAGAAACCGAAAGAGAAAAAGAGAGAGAGCGCGAGAGAGAACGCGAGAGAGAAAGAGAAAGAGAAAAAGAAAGAGAACGCGAACGUGAGCGUGAAAGAGAAAGAGAAAAGGAGAGCGAGGCUGAGAAGGAAAAGGAAAAAGAAAAAGAGAAGGAGAAGGAGAUUUCAAAAGAUAAAGAAAUGACCGACGAUGAUCAAACCAAAGCCAAAGAGGAAAAGGAGACUACCAAAGAAUCACCAUCUGUAGUACCUGCGCCCAAGGAGGAUGUCGAGAUGAAGGAAGUCGAGAAGCCAGUUGAAGUCAAGCCAACCAAAGAGGACAGACCAGCUUCGCCAGCCAAGGAAGAGAAAGAGGAAAAGAAGGAUACCGAAGAGACCAAGUCAAAAGAGGAAGCUGAAGUCAAGCCAACCAAAGAGACCUCCGAAGAAACCACAACCAAGUCUCCAGAGAAGAAGGAAGAGAAGGAAGAGAUUGAAUCGUCCGCCUCUACUUCAUCAACAUCACCAACCUCGACAAAGGAAUCAAAGGAAUCACCAAAGGAAUCUGUUGAAUCCAACGAUGAUCCAAAGAACAACGCUACCAAUAACAAUGGUACCUCGCCUCGUUUAUCACCGCGUCCAGACCAAAUUGAACCUGGACAAGAUGCCUCACAAGAGGAAGUAAACAAGAGAAAGCUCGACGAUGACACAAACAACAACGAUGCUAACAAGCGUAUCAAGGCCGACGAUGACGAGACCCCUUCAUCGCCAAAGCGUAGUGAAAAUGAAUCACUUUCACCAGAAUCUAAAGUCAACAAGAGUGAGCGAGCAAGAGACAGAGAGAAUGACAAGAACCUUCAAACAUACCGAGAAAAUAAUAGAGAGAAAGAAAGAGAGAGAGGUGAGCGUGAUAAAAAGAAAGAAUCCUUGAAAAUAUUCAAACCCUCCAGUCGAUCAAAGUUAUCUAAUAACAAUAUUAAUUGA